ACACUCUCUGGUUCAAGUUUCCUUCUCUCUUUCCUUCUCAUAUGGUUUCUUAAUUCACACAAAACGCAUUUGGGUCAUUCAUUGCGUGCAUUCUUUAAAUCUUUUCAACCAAGAUAUAGAAAUGUUGGGAACUACGUUGCAGUUUGGGGGAAUCAAAGGUGAAGAUCGGUUUUAUGUUCCGGUAAGAGCAAGAAAGAAUUAUAAUCAGCAAAAGCCUUCGAGGAAUCCUACCAAGACCGAUGAAACUGAGAGCCUAUCGAGUAAAGUUGUGGGUUGUACUACAAAGCCUUGCGAGGAAUUAACUCCUCAGUCUAAGAGCAACUUAGAGAGAUUCCUGGAAGCCACAAGGCCUUCAGUUCCAGCGCAGUACUUCUCUAAGACAACUAUGAGGGAUUGGAGGACUUGUGAUAUUGAGUUUCAACCUUAUUUCAUUCUGAAUGAUCUGUGGGAGUCUUUCAAGGAGUGGAGUGCAUAUGGCGCUGGAGUUCCUUUAGUACUUGAUGGAGGUGACUCUGUUGUUCAAUAUUACGUUCCAUAUUUGUCUGGUAUCCAAAUAUAUGGCGAAGCUGCUGCAUUGAGAUCAGAUUCUCACGUCAGGCUGGCUUGUGAGGACAGUGAUCUUGAUUCUUCUAGAGAUACAAGCAGUGAUGGAAGCAUUGAUCACGAUCUAGGAAAAAGCUUUAACUUUUCAAGAGAACAGUGGGAUCAUCCCCAUUUAGCUUGUGAAAACAUGCUAAAAAUGAGAAAGACAUCUUUAACUGAUGAACAUAAAAUGGUGCAAGAAGGUUUUUUGAGUGAUGAUGGGGAUGCAGGAUAUCCUCGGAGUAGUUUGCUCUUUCAGUUUCUCGAGCAAGAUCUUCCUUAUCAACGUGUACCAUUGGCUGAUAAAAUAUUUGAACUUGCUUACCAAUUUCCUGGUUUGAAAACUUUGAGUAGUUGUGAUAUCCUGCCAGCCAGUUGGGUCUCUGUAGCGUGGUACCCUAUAUACCGUAUACCCACGGGUCCGACCUUAAAAGAUUUGGAUGCGUGCUUUUUAACAUAUCACUCCCUUUCCACACCAAAAAAAGGUAAUAGACAUAGCUUGCCACCAAUAAUGGUAUAUCCCAAGGACAUUGAUGAUAUCACAAAGAUUUCCCUGCCUGUUUUUGGAAUGGCUUCUUAUAAGGUAAAAGGAUCAAUAUGGGGGCAAAAUGGCAUCAGCGACCAUCAAAAAGCAAAUUCUCUUAUGCAGGCAGCAGAUAAGUGGUUGAGGAGCCUUCAGGUCAGUCAACCUGAUUUUCAGUUCUUUUCAUCUCAUGGAACAUAUUGGAGAUGACAGAUGAUGACUACAUAUAUGUCUACUUGUCUGUUGCCCAUUUGAACUGCCGAAAUAACGAGCUCGUGCCCUUACUGACUAUUUGACUUGCACCCCAUACUGGUGAGGUUUCAUUUUGAUUUUGGAUGGUUUGUUUUUUCUGGGAAUAUAUUUCAAGGAAAAAGUCCAGAACAACUAGUUAGAACCAUUUGCAAAAUGGGCGAGGAGAGCAAUGAGUGUGAAAUGUAAUAUCAGAAAAGGGCUCAUUUGAAGGCGGCAAAAGUAAUAUGGACUUGGAAACUAGUGGCAAUCAGGAUGGAAGGGUAUCAUUUUACGCUCUCCUCGAAAACUUGUGUGAAGCUAUUCUCUAUUUUUACACUCCCAAAUUUAGAAUCAUUGUUUCUCUUGUUCUGUAAACUUGAAGUACAAAUUGCUACUCUGUAUAUUUCCUAUAUGCCUUUUGUGUUGGAUAUCUUUUUAGAUUUACUCAUAAGUAAAGAUGAAAAUAGAAAUAUUAUCUUCGUCCCA